AUGGAACACUCUGAAAUCGAUUUUGCUGCUGAUGCUGCUUCCAACGCCGAAGAACCACGAAACGGUUCUGAGGAUCAUUCUCCACCGUCAGAUCUCAAUCUUACGGUUAACGAAGAUGAUGCUUCACUUGCUGUAGAGCUUCAUGAGAAGUUGGAUUUGAAGGUUGAAGAUGAAGAAGGGACUACUGAAACUGAGGUUAAAGUUUCCGGUGAAGAAUCUGUUAAGGAUGAAAAUAAAGAAUCUGUUGAAGAUGUAGUGUCUGUUAAGGGGGAAGAAAGGGUUGAUGGAGAUAGCAAGGGUUGGGAUACUAAUAGUUGGAAUGAGAAUGUGAAUGAAGAGCUUGGUGGUGGUAGAGAUGGUGUUGGUUAUGGUUAUGGCUAUGGUGAUGGUGAUGAUGGUUAUGGCGGUGGCUAUGAUGCUGGUUAUGGUUAUGGUGAUGGAGGUGAAAAGAAGGGAGAUAGCGGGGAUGAUUAUGGCGGUGGUUAUGGGGAUGGAUAUGAUGCUGUUUAUGGUUAUGGUGAUGGAGUUGAAAAGAAAGAAGGUAACAUCAGUGAUGGAAAUCACCAGUUUCCUUUGAGGCCUGAAGCUGAAGAUUGUUCGUUUUACAUGAAGACUGGGAGUUGCAAGUUUGGAAUAAACUGCAAGUUUAAUCACCCCAUUAGGAGGAAAAACCAGGCUGUAAGGGAGAAGGUGCGAGAAAGAGAAGAGCCUGCAGAGAACUCAGGACAGACAGAAUGCAAGUAUUAUCAAAGGUCUGGGGGUUGUAAGUUUGGAAAAGCUUGUAAGUUCAACCACACAAGAGGGUAUGCAGCACCAAUUUCAGAACUUAACUUUCUCGGGUUACCUAUUCGUCUGGGAGAGAGAGAGUGCCCCUAUUACAUGCGCACUGGCUCUUGUAAGUUUGGAUCAAACUGUAGGUUUAAUCAUCCUGAUCCUACAACUGUGGGAGGAAGUGAUCCUCAAUCAGGGUAUGGUAAUGGAGGGUCUGUUCCAUUACGAGGUGUAUCCCAACAAUCUGCCUCUUCAUGGUCUUCAUCAAGAAAGUUAAACGAAGCACCUUAUGUGCCACUGAUGAUUACGCCUACUCAAGGACUUGCUCCUCAAAGUCCUGAUUGGAAUGGAUAUCAGGCGCCUGUCUACUUAUCUGAGAGGAUCAUGCAUCCAUCUUCUACAUAUGUCAUGAACAACCCAACAGUUGAAACAAAUGUGUAUGUGCCUCAUCAAAAGCAGAUGCCAUUUGAAGUGUUUCCAGAAAGGCCUGGUGAACCUGAAUGCAGCUUCUUCUUAAAAACUGGGGAUUGCAAGUUCAAGUCUAAUUGUAAAUUUCACCAUCCAAAGAAUAGGACUGCGAGAUUGCCUCCUUGCAACCUCAGUGACAAGGGUUUGCCUUUGAGACCUGACCAGAGUGUCUGCUCGCACUAUAGUCGUUAUGGAAUUUGCAAAUUUGGACCAGCUUGUAGAUUUGAUCACCCAGAAAGCGCACUUCCCUUGAUGAUGCCUGGACUCGGACAGCAAUCCUAUGCAAACCCGGCUAAUGCUCAGAUGGGUGGGAUGGGUGGAAGUGCAGGUGACGUGACAAUUCAGCAAUCUGUGUAA